GCUGUUCCUCUUCAGUUCCACGAACUUUUGUCGGGGUAGUCUCGAGGGGGCCGUCGAGCGGGACUCGGGGAUAUACUCUGGUCGGUGCUUCUGGGGAGGAUGGGGCGGGGCCACGUGGUUAGUCGGAAGGCUCUGGGCCCCUCCCCGUUCUUUAUGUAAAUAACUGGGCGUGCUCCACCUACUCCCCGGCUCCGGGCGGUGGAGGUGACCAGGAAGGAGACGGCUCCCUAGCAGCCCGAGAGCCAGGCGAAGGGCAGCUGAGCUGAGCCGAGCCGGCUGCUGGCUCCAAGUGACGCCGAGGCCUCGGGGCAGCAGCCGAUCUAAGGUUGCAGGUCAUUGGUGGGUCAGCCAGGAGCCAAGGAGAAAUGAGAAGGUUCUUAAGAUCUGGACAUGACCAGGCCCGGGAGCGACUGAAACAAGAUCUCUUUAAGUUUAACAAGACGGUGGAGCAUGGCUUUCCCCACCAGCCCAGUGCCCUGGGCUACAGCCCCUACCUCCGAAUCAUGGCUAUCGGGACCCGAUCUGGAGCCAUCAAGCUCUAUGGUGCCCCUGGCGUGGAGUUCAUGGGUCUUCACCGGGAGAACAACGCUGUGGUACAAAUCCACUUCCUCCCUGGCCAGUGCCAGCUGAUCACCUUACUGGAUGAUAAUAGUCUGCAUCUCUGGAGCCUAAAUCAGAGAGAUGGAGUCUCUGAAUUGCACGAAGAGAAAUUCUCCACGCUUCGGGGUCCUCCGGGGGCUGCUCCCAGUGCCACCCAAAUCACAGUGAUUCUUCCUCAUUCCUCCCAAGAGCUGCUAUAUCUGGGCACUGAAAGUGGCAAUGUAUUUGUGGAGAAGCUGCCCUCAUUCCAGAUACUAGAGGACAAAACCAUCAGCACGGAGGCUGUCUUGCAAUGGUUGCCUAAGGAUUCACAGCACUGGCGAGCAUUCGAGAUGGUAGAGGCCCUCCAAGAACACCCCCAGGACCCUUCCCAGAUCCUGAUUGGCUAUAGCAGGGGUCUUAUCGUUGUCUGGGACCUACAAAACAGCCGAGUCCUGCAACACUUCCUAAGCAGCCAGCAAUUAGAGAACUUCUGUUGGCAACGAGAUGGGGGUUCCAUUGUCAGCUGCCAUUAUGAUGGAAGCUACUGUCAGUGGAAAGUGUCCAGUGAAGCUCAGCAUCCUGAGCCCUUGCAAAGCCGAGUGCCUUACGGUCCUUAUCCUUGCAAAGCUAUUUCUAAAAUCUUUUGGCUGACGACCAGGAAAGGGCUUCCCUACAUCAUUUUCCAGGGUGGCAUGCCUCGCGCCAGCUAUGGAGAUCGGCACAGCAUCUCAGUGAUUCAUGGAAACCAAGAGACAGCAUUUGACUUUACCUCUCGAGUCAUUGACUUUACUGUCCUCACAGAGGCUGACUCUGACUUUGAUGAGCCUUAUGCCAUGGUGGUGUUGGCGGAAGAGGAGUUGGUGGUGAUUGACUUGAAGACAGCCGGCUGGCCAGCCAUCCAAGCCCCGUACCUCGCCUCCCUGCACUGCUCGGCCAUUACCUGCUCCCACCACGUCUCCAGCAUCUCCCUGAAGCUGUGGGAGAGGAUCAUUGCAGCUGGGAAUAAGCAGAAUUCUCGCUUCUCCACCAUGGGGUGGCCCAUUGAUGGGGGCACCAGUUUGGCCCCGGAUCCGCCUCAGAGGGACCUGCUGCUCACUGGGCACGAGGAUGGCACCGUGAGGUUCUGGGACGCCUCGGGCGUCUGCCUCCGGCUGCUCUACAAGCUGAGCACAGUGCGUGUGUUCCUCACCGACACAGACUCCAAUGACAACCUCAAUGAGCUGGGGGAGGACGAGAGGCCCCCACUGAGGAAGGUUGGCUCCUUCGAUCCCUACAGUGAUGACCCACGCCUGGGGAUUCAGAAAAUCUUCCUUUGCAAAUAUAGCGGUUACUUGGCAGUGGCGGGGACGGCCGGGCAGGUGCUUGUGUUAGAGUUGAACGAUGAGGAUGCAGAGCAGGUGGUGGACCACGUGGAAGCUAACCUGCUGCAAGACCAGGAAGGCUAUCGGUGGAAGGGACACGAGAGGCUCCGGGCUCGAGAGGGGUCCAUCUGCUUUGAGCCGGGCUUCCAGCCUUUCAUCCUAGUGCAGUGCCAGCCGCCGGCAGUGGUCACCUCCCUGGCCCUGCACUCCGAGUGGAAGCUGGUGGCCUUUGGCACAAGUCAUGGCUUUGGGCUCUUCGAUCACCAGCAGAAGAGACAAGUUUUUGUCAAAUGUACGCUGCAUCCCAGUGACCAGCUGGCCAUGGAGGGCCCCCUUUCCCGAGUAAAAUCACUGAAGAAAUCCUUGCGACAGUCAUUUCGGAGAAUCAGCCGGAGCAGAGCAUCCGGGCGCAAGCGGCGCGUGACUGGCCCCUCAGGAGAGGGGCAGGAGUUGAAUGCCAGAGCAGAUCGAGCAGGGUUGCAAAAUAUGGAGCUGGCCCCGGUACAGAGGAAGAUUGAGGCGAGGUCAGCGGAAGACUCAUUCACCGGCUUUGUCCGAACCCUCUACUUCGCUGACACCUACCUUCGGGACAAUUCUUGCCAUUGCCCUUCCCUGUGGGUGGGCACCAACGGAGGCACGGUCUAUGCCUUUUCCUUACGGGUACCAGCUCCAGAACGGAGAAUGGAGGAGCCUGUCCGGGCUGAACAGGCCAAGGAGAUCCAGCUGAUGCAUCGGGCCCCCGUGAUAGGCAUCCUAGUCCUCGAUGGCCGGGGCAUGCCCCUCCCUGAGCCCCUGGAAGCUGCCCAUGACCUCUCAAAGAGCCCAGACAUGCAGGGCAGCCACCAGCUCCUUGUGGUAUCUGAGGAGCAGUUCAAGGUGUUCACCCUGCCCAAGGUUAGUGCAAAGCUAAAACUGAAACUGACUGCUUUGGAGGGCUCUCGGGUACGGCGGGUCAGCGUGGCCCACUUUGGCAGCUGCAAGGCGGAGGACUAUGGAGAACACCAUCUAACCGUCCUCACAAAUCUGGGUGACGUCCAGGUAGUCUCCCUGCCCUUCCUCAAGCCUCAGGUACGAUACGGCUGCAUCCGCAAGGAGGACGUCAGUGGUAUUGCUUCCUGUGUCUUCACCAAAUAUGGCCAAGGCUUCUACCUGAUCUCACCCUCAGAGUUUGAGAGGUUCUCUCUCUCCACGAAGUGGCUGGUUGAGCCUCGGUGCCUAGUGGAUUCAGUGGAAACCAAGAACCAUUGCUCUGCCCGCAAUGGGUCAGGCAUCAAGAAGGCCCCAAACAAAGCCAGGAACUCGGAGAGCCUGGGAGAUGGAGGUGGGAGGAGUCAGGAACCGUUGAUGGAACGGGCCCUACUCAAUGAUGAGAGAGUCCUGAAGGAGAUCCAGAGCACUUUGGAAGGUGACAGAGGGAGCUAUGGCGAGUGGUAUUCCCAGCAAGUUGCUGGGGGACAUAGACACAAUAAUGGUGGAGUAGAGUGAUGAAUGCAGAUGUGCCGAGGCUGCCUCACAGACUGUGCCACAACACUACUGAAGAUCCCACCGUGGAGGGUGCUGAUCCUGGUGGAGGUCUGGGUGGGCCUGGACAGAAGAAGCCCCCUGGCCUGCACCUCUGCUGCUUCUCCAGCCUCUCCAACAACCACCAUCCCCCACCCUCCCCCUUUGGCAGGGGGUGAGGUUGGAAUCCAGAGAUGUCCCAGAAUGGACAAGAUGGCCCCUUCCCUCUCUCCUUGUCUGUCUUGGUCCCCUUUUUGUCAAUGUUUGCACAGUUUUUUUUUCCUCCUUCCCUCCUUUUAUAGUGGGAUGGGUUUUAAAUUAUAAAUUUUAACUGCCUCUGGGUGAAAAAAAAGUUUUUAAUAAAUACCUUAUUACCUCUUCGCUGGAUUGACCCAAUGAUUUAUUUAGUACUUUUUUUAGAAAAUCCUGUAGGGUUUUACAUGGAAAUGAAUAUGGAUUUCUAGAAAUGUACUGUCAGCUGAGUCCCCGAGGGAGCUGGGACCCCCCCUGAGGACUGAAGGCAUAGGGUCUUAUCCCUAAUCCCCUGUGGGGGGGAGACUAUAUUUGUAGCUGUUUUAAAACCGAGCAAACUGUGUCUGAACACUGUGGCCUGGUCUUUUUGGAAUAAAGGACUAGUGUUUAUUAUCUUGA